AUGGCUCCCGGGGAGGCGGCCGGUCGGUCGGUCGGUCAGUGGGCCGGUGGGUGGCAGGUAACCCAGCAGCCGGUCAGUCGGGGGAUAAGGGGGUGGCAGGCAACCCGGUCGGUCGGUUUGUGUGUGUCUGUCUGUCAGGCAGGUGGUGGCUGUCCGCUGUCCCCGCGCUGUCCCCUCGCCUGUGGCGGGUGGCUUCACGUGCUGCCUCUAUUUACAGUCCCGGUGGGGCGGGGCUCAGCCAGGCCGCGCCCCCCCGCCCCUAACGGAACGUUCCCGGUGUGUGACCCGGCUCGUGACACCCACGCCCGCUGGCAGGGCCCCCUCGGGUACCCCUCCCCCUCCUUGUCCCCCACUUUGUCACCUCCCGUCCCCGCGGGCAGCGGGCGCCUCGCCAGCCCCAAAGUGCCGCGAAGUGGCCGGGGAGGCCGCGGGGAGGUGCGGGGCCGUGCGCGGGGCCGUGGGGCCGAUGCCGCCUCCGGUGACCUUGUUUACCGAGCGGGGACGGGCAAUGUCAGCGGCCCGGCCGCCGUGCCAAGAUCGACGGAGGCCGCGUUCCUUCCGCUCCUUAUCGGCUGCUCGGGGGGACCCGGCCUGGUAGAGGGAGCCGGCGGGGUGCUCUGGGCAGUGGGGGCUGGGAAGUUGUCCUGGGCCACCCUGUCCGGCUCGGCCUGGCCAGGGCAGUGGUUGCAUCAGGUGUAAUGUAGUGACAGCCUUGGCUGAUGCUGCCACCCAGGAUUAAUCAAAAGGGUAGGAAAUGCCUUGAACCGAGCGUGGGAGAUGUGAUGGAGGCACUGAAAGUUCAGGGUCAACACAGAGAACACACGGAGGUGCAAAGGUAGGAAAAUCAGAACCCAGAGGAUUCAGGGUGCUUGACAUGUAGGUCAUCGCUGUGACCUGGAUUAAUAGUGACCAAAGAUAUGAAGGCAGCUGCUUCGGUGACGCACUGGUCCCAAACU